GGGCCCGGGUGGGGCCGCCGCCAAGCGGAGCGCCGCCGGCCUGGGCGAGUAGUCCCGGGACGCGGGAUGCUCCGCACGCUACCUCGCCGCCCCUGAGGCCUCCCGCCUGCCCGCCUUGUCACCCCCCCGCCUCGCUCACCCCGGCUCCGGCCCCGGCGCCUGCCAGACCCGAGAGGUGUUUAUGAAAAAAAAUUUCACAGUUUGGAUGUGAGAAAGGACAUGAGGAGACCAAAGACCUGGGAUUUUGCUAAUCAGAAUGAAACAAAUGUUGAAAGACUUUUCAAAUCUAUUGUUGGUGGUACUCUGUGACUAUGUUCUUGGAGAAGCCGAGCAUCUCCUCUUGGAAAAGCCAGGCCAUGUAGCGCUAAGCAACAACACGGUGUCUGUGGAUUUCCGGCGUUUCGGUGGUGCCAACGGGACACUGCGCAAUGUGUCUGUCCUGUUGCUGGAGGCCAGCACCAAUCAGACGGUGACCGCCAAAUACCUCCUGACCAACCAGUCCCAGGGAACACUGGAGUUUGAAUGCUUCUACUUCAAGGAGGCUGGAGACUACUGGUUCACGAUGGCUCUGGAGGUAGCCCACAAUGGCACUCAAGUCAGCCACUGGGAGCAAAGAGCCUUUCUCAAGGUCGAAUGGCCCGUCUUUCACAUUGACUUGAAUAGGACGUCCAAGGCGGCGGAAGGCACCUUCCAGGUGGGCCUUUUCACCCAUCAGCCACUGUGCUCCUUCCCUGAGGACCAGCCUGACAUCUUGGUGGACGUCAUCUUUACCAACAGUCUGCCCGAGGCAAGAACAAGUCCAGGUCAGCCGCUGGAGAUCAGAACCAGCAAGAGGACAGAACUCUCUCAAGGUCAGUGGCUUCAGUUUGGCUGUGCGCCCGUGGGGCCGGAAGCCUACGUCACGGUGGUGCUGAAGCUGUUUGGCCGAGACUCGGUCAUUACCUCCACAGGACCCAUUGACCUGGCCCAGAAAUUUGGAUACAAACUGGUGAUGGCACCAGAACUCACGUGUGAGUCCGGGGUGGAGGUGACAGUCUUGCCCCCACCGUGCAUCUUCGUCCAAGGAGUGAUCACGGUCUUCAAGGAGGCCCCCAGACGCCCUGGGGAAAGGACCAUUCAGCUAGCUGAAAACAGCCUGACCUUGGGAGAGAGGAGAACCGUAUUCAACUGCACUUUGUUUGACAUGGGGAGGAAUAAAUACUGCUUUGACUUUGGCGUUCCAAGCAGAAGCCAUUUUUCCACAAAGGAGAGGGAGUGCAUGCUAAUUCAGAGAAACAUAGAAACUUGGGGACUGUGGCAGCCGUGGAGCCAAUGUAGUACCACGUGUGGGGAUGGUAUCAGAGAGCGACUAGCGACCUGCGUGUGCCUGACUUCCUUCCCCUCCAGACCUGGCUGCCCUGGAAUGUCCUCGGAGACCUCCCUGUGUUCCCUGGAGGAGUGUGCUGCUCUCCAGCCAUCCAGCGCGUCUCCUCUUCAGCCCCAGGGCCCCGGGAAGUCCAACAACGUCGUGAAGGUCACGGGCAUUUCCCUGUGCUUGUUCAUCAUUGUCGCCACGGUGCUCAUCACGCUGUGGCAGAAGUUCGGCCGCGCCCCCAAAUGCAGCACCCCGGCUCGCCACAGCUCCAUCCACUCCCCCAGCUUCCGGAAGAACUCGGACGAGGAGAACAUCUGCGAGCUGAGCGAGCAGCGCGGGAGCUUCUCGGACGGGGGCGACGGGCCGGCGGGGGGCCCCGGGGACGCGGGCAUCCCCCUGACCUACAGGCGCGGCGGGCCGCUGUCCGCGGAGGACGACGCCUCGGGCAGUGAGAGCGUGCAGUCCAACGCGCAGAAGAUCAUCCCGCCGCUGUUCAGCUACCGCCUCGCCCAGCAGCAGCGCAAGGAGAUGAAGAAGAAGGGCCUGACGGAAACCACCAAGGUGUACCACGUGUCUCAGAGUCCCCUGACCGACACGGCCAUCGACGCGGCCACCGGCCCCCCUUUGGACCUGGAGGGCCCCGAGGAGGCCGCGGCCAACAAGUUCCGGCUCAAAUCCCCGUUUGUGGAGCAGCAGGCGGCGGCCAGGCCCCCCUCCAGGCUGGACCUCCCGGUCUGUGCCGCCAGCUGCGCGGUCAGCCCCAGCCAGACCGUGAUCCGCAAGUCGGCCCUGAGGCACGCGGGCGGCAGAGGGGCGCUGCCCGAGAGGAGCCACCCCAGGGGCUCCCACUUCAGGAGGACCGCGAGCUUCCACGAAGCCAGGCAGGCCCGGCCGUUCCUGGAGCGGAGCAUGUCCACCCUGACCCCCCGGCAGGCCCCGGCCUACGGUUCCAGGACGCGGACCUGGGACCGGGCGGAGGAGCGAUCUCGGCCUCAGAGUCGAGGAGCUGCCCCGUCCCCUGAGAGACCGGACCAUUUCCACGGGGCAGGUGCAACCAGAAGUCCAUUAAGUCCUCCCCCUAAAUCCUACAGCCUGGGGCAGCCCGCGAGGAAACCAGACCUGGGGGAUUGCCAGGCAGGAUUGACGGCCAGCGGUGAGAGAACGGAGCCGCACAGAGCCCGGAGGGGCCCGUCCCCCAGUCACAGGAGUGUCUCGAGGAAGCAGCCUUGCCCCACGGCCCCCAAAGAGAGCAACCAGAGGGUGAGCCCUCUGAGCCCUUCUCAGUGUAGGAAAGACAAGUGUCAGAGCUUCCCAGCCCAGCCUGAGUUCGCCUUCUAUGACAAUACGUCAUUCGGCCUUACCGAGGCAGAGCAGAGGAUGCUGGACCUCCCGGGCUAUUUUGGGUCAAAUGAAGAGGAUGAAACCACAAGUACACUCAGCGUGGAGAAGCUGGUCAUCUAGACCCAGAUCAGCCUGAGACUUCACACAACUGGGGGCCUUUGCCUGGCUCCUGGUAUCAGUGGCUCACGGUGUUCUAUGGACUAUAUUAUGUAGCUAUUUGUACAUGGGGGGCGGGUAACUCAAGUGAGCAUAUGUGUUUUAAUUCAUAAAGAAGAAGUUACUUAGCCUGAACUUUUCCCUUUGUUAUCCCAGUUCCCUUGGUUUAUUACUAAUAAGUACAAUAAUAAAAUUUAAACAAGAGUGAAAUAGGGCUCGGUCUCUCAUGUGGAUAUGAAAGAGCGCAAAUGUGACUUUAAGCAUGAAGUGCUUUGAACACUUUCUUGGCAGUGUCCAACAUGAAGUAAAUUUGGGAGUCUCCACAACAGUAAGGGCUAGAACAAAGUAAACUUGCCAACAGAGCUCUGGAUUAUAAUUUACUAAGUUAUAAAUACUUAAGAAUUUGACUCCUACAGGGGCAGUACUGAAUGGCUUUCAUGUUUAGCUGAAAGGCUGAUUAUAUUCCAGGAGAACUUUUAUGCCAGAGUUGGGUGAUAUCUUCUAAUUUUUUUAUGCAACAAAGAGUUCUGGUGCCUUGACACAAAAUUAUGUGAGUUAAUUCAGUUUUGGAGAAAUAAUAAGAAGCUGAUUGUUCAGGUAGUGAGUCACCUGAAGACCUAGCCAUAUACUCAUAAUUGUUUGGUGCAAAAAGUGUACAUUUUAGGGACGCCUGGGUGGCUCAGUGGGUUAAGCCGCUGCCUUCGGCUUGGGUCAUGAUCUCAGGGUCCUGGGAUCGAGUCCCACAUCGGGCUCUCUGCUCAGCAGGGAGCCUUCUUCCCGCUCUCUCUCUCUCUGCCAGUCUCUCUACCUACCUGUGAUCUCUCUCUGUCAAAUAAAUAAAUAAAAUCUUUAAAAAAAAAAAGUGUACAUUUUAGAAAGGAAAGUAUUAUCUCCUGAGAGAAUCAAAUAGAACACGGACAGUGGAUGCUGGCAAAGACACUGCCUGGUAUUAGGAUGCUGACUAUGCAUUCCUGGAUCAGACUGGCAGCCAAGACCCUAGAGGGUGUCAUAUUGAAACCAGUGUGUUUAUGUUUCUAAAGAUGACUUUAUCAUGUUACUCAGACAGUAUGGAAAGCAGGUAGACCAGAUUGUGAUUUUAGAGCUAAGUUUUUAAAUUGGAAGAAUGAAGUAAAGAAGGAACAGAGAAAAUAAUUCCUUUAGAAACAAAUCUUUUGCUUUCCUUUGUGCCUACCACAUUUUCCAGGUGAAGAAUUUAACACUCAGGGAGGGGAAUUAACUCCUGCAGGAUAUCUGGAUGAACAUGGACUCACAUUUUUAUUCUCAUGACCUCUUCCUCUGUACAAUGCCAUCGCUGCCUUUACAAGUCUUCUCUAACAGCAGGGGCUUCAGGAGAAAGCUGGCCCUUUUAGCAAGAAGUCACAGAAAGAUGCCUUUACUGGAUUUUCCUGAAGGAAGGAAGCUUUCUGCUGCUGGAUGUUAGGACUGGUCUUGCAACUUGCUUUAUUUGGAAGUGAGGGCUAAACAAGGACCUAAAGCCUGGGCUCUUUCCUUGCAGUCUGGUGUCAGGUACCCUGUGAGCACUCUUCAGUCUGGUAUACUUCCUUUCAGCUCUUGAACCUAAUGCCUUAUCUGCCUGUGCUGGGUAGCUGCCCUUUCCUUCUUUGUUCACCGUGACCUCUCUAGCUGCCACACCCACCUUGCCUUUUACAUUGUUUUUCUUCUUCCUUUUAGAGUUUAUCAGGAUGUGAGCCUGCUAGUGAGGUUUCAGGGACCACUGGAGAGAGUGGAAUUAAGCGGGACAAAAAAGAAUCAUAAAUGCAAAUACUAUACCUAUUAAAGUUUCUCUUACAUUGUUGUAUUACCACUUCAUUUGUGCCAUUGUUCAAAAUUAAAACAUACUUCCUUUGGGAAA